AAUCGGUCUACGACAAAUAUCGGUUGACGCCCAUCGCUAGUAAAUAAGAAUUUCACUUUUUCCUUAAUAUUUUGCGGAUUUAUUGUAGUAAAAAUAUAUUCAGGAUGUAUGCUGGCGUUUAAAAAGAGGGCACAGUGAAAAACGCCACUGGAAAACACGCUGAAAACAAAGAUAUUCGCCAAUAAAACGAGCAUCAACGCACAUAUAGCUGCCCGUGCGUGUGUGUGUGUGCGUUGUAUGUGCGUUUUUUGUUUAUUUGUCAGUUUUGGCCUACGUGAUUAAAAUAAGCGCAAGCGAACUAACAGUGAAAUGUUGGCUAAAACGAGCCAAGUGCCGUAAUUCGCAUUGAUAAUUGAUAGCCAUAAUCGCGAGUGCGAUAGUGUGUGUGUGAGGGGGCGAAGGUGGGGCAAAACAAAAAAAGCAGAGAGAGCAGUCAAGGUUAAAAUCGGUCGUCGCCUUCGGCAUUUCUCUCCCGUAAAAUGCAAUGAGCAGGGGUCGCGGAAAGGUCAGGAACUCAGCUACCGAUUCCGAUUCCUAUUCCCGAUCCAAAUCGGCCAUGGACCCCCCUCGCUGCUCCAUUUGCGGCACUCAACAGCAGCUGCUGCGCUGCGCCAAGUGCAAGGCCGUCUACUACUGCUCCCCCGCCCAUCAGCACAUACAUUGGCCCGACCACCGUACCGAGUGCCGCCUCCUAACCCGACAGAAGCUAAACAGCAGUAACAGUAACAACAAUAAACAGCAACAACAGCAGCGGCAGCAGAUUCAGCAACUACAACAAGCGGUUGCAUCUACCAAUCUGGAGGGCAGUGGCGCCGGCGCCAACUGCUCCACCGCCCAGAUGAUGACCCCAGCCCACCAGGCGCAGAAUUGGCCAGCCGAGGUGGACAACCUGCUGAAUCUCCUCGGGCAGCCGGGCAGUCAGGAAAAGGCGGCCACAGCGGAAACAGAAGUGGGUCAAAAGCAGCAGCAUCACCACAACCAUCCCCACCAUCAUCAUCAUCACCAUGGCGAGAAGAGCUCUAGCUAUCAGAUCGGACUGGCGGAUGCUAGCUUUAUGGGAUCAGGAAGUGAGCGGCGCUAUGAGGACUUGUGCCGAAACAUCAUCAGUGACAUGAAUCAGUACGGAUUGUCCGUGGUGGACGACUUCCUGGGCAUGGAUACGGGCCUGAAGAUCCUCAACGAGGUUCGAAGCAUGUACAAUGCCGGGGCAUUUCAGGAUGGUCAAGUGGUGACUAACCAGAUGCCUGAUGCUCCAGCGGUACGCGGGGACAAAAUCCGAGGCGAUAAGAUCAAGUGGGUUGGUGGCAAUGAGCCAGGCUGCAGCAAUGUCUGGUAUCUGACCAAUCAGAUUGACUCGGUGGUGUAUCGUGUGAACACUAUGAAGGAUAAUGGUAUUUUGGGCAACUAUCACAUCAGGGAGCGCACGAGGGCAAUGGUUGCCUGUUAUCCCGGAUCGGGAACCCAUUACGUCAUGCAUGUUGAUAAUCCCAAAAAGGAUGGUCGCGUAAUAACGGCCAUUUACUACCUUAACAUCAACUGGGAUGCGCGGGAAAGUGGCGGAAUACUGCGAAUUCGACCCACGCCCGGAACGACGGUGGCCGACAUUGAGCCAAAGUUUGAUAGGCUGAUAUUCUUCUGGUCGGACAUCCGGAAUCCACACGAAGUACAGCCCGCACAUCGUACCCGCUAUGCCAUUACCGUCUGGUAUUUUGAUGCCAAGGAGCGCGAAGAGGCUCUUAAUAGGGCCAAGCUGGAGAACAGCAAAACGAACAAUGUGGCUGCUCAAGCUCAGGCCCAGCAGGCUGAACCCGACUCCACCACCACCCCACCCGCCACACCAGCAACACUAGCACUAGCACCAGCACCAACAUCCUCAUCCAGCCUGCCGGCCAGCAUGUCUACAGGAACGGGAGCGUUGAAUGCCAAUGUGGCGAGUAAUUCCUGCGCCGCUAGCAACGAAAUAUGCACGUAACGCCAGCUGGCAGCGCAGCUAUAGGGCAACCAAAAAGUGUAAAUUAUUUCCAACCAAACACACAUGUAUAAAGCUAGUUAAAAACUAUUUAUAGCUCCGGACGGGCGGCAGCCCAAGCCCGAAUGGCGAAAGUGAAUCAAAGCUCCUUUAGUCGUUAAGCCUUCUAGUUUAGUCUCUAAGUCGUAUCCUUAGUUAUUCUCGCAUUAACCAUUAGCUUACUGCCUUGUCAGCGUCCGAGUUGAUUGUUUAUUAAUUAUUAGUUUGUUGCAUCUUUGUCAGGACCUUUUGCCUAGCUCAUCCUUAGUUAUUGGCUGCCAAAGUAUUAUACCUAAAGAGAAGUUAACCAGCUUCAUAAACAUCAGCUACCCUCGCGACGCUCAUUGUAUCCUAUCUCAAAAUUAUUUAACAAGCCAGCAAAUUGCAGGCUUUCACUCAAUCUGUCGACUCUCAUGCAUCUAGCUAGGAACAUUUUUGAUAUCGUUUACAUCUUAUAACAAGCUGAAUUCAAUGUCUGUCAGAAAUCUUUUCUCUUGUUAUCUCUAAAUCAUUGAAUAUGUAUAUUUAUGGCAUAUCUAUAUGUAUAUUUUUAUAUUAAACGAAAGCCUGAGCAAAUGAA